AUGAGCUGUGGCACUAAAUCUUCAUCGAGCGCCAUUAGAAUUAGCAGUGGAGGUGGUGGUGGUGGUGGUGGAGGAUGUGGUGGCGGAGGUGGUGGAGGAGGCAGCAGCUGUGGAGGGCGCAGGUCUGGCGGAUACUCCUCCAUGUCCUCUAGGAGAUACACCUCUUCUGGAGGAGGUGGAGGUUUUUCGGGGAGAAGCUUUGGUGGAGGCAUUUCCAGGAGCAGCUAUGGCGGGGGCUUCAGCAGCGGCAGCUGUGGCAGGAUUAGCCGCAGUAGCUAUGGUGGGAGAAUGAGCGGUGGUAGCUACGGAGGAGGAAUGGGCUGUGGCAGUAUGGGAGGAGGAUUUGGAUCAGGAGGGGGUGGCUACGGGGGAAUGGGAGGUGGUUAUGGAGCUGGCCUCGGUGGAGGUAGCUUUGGCGGCGGUGGAUACAGUGGAGGUGGAUUUAGCGGCUUCACAGGUAGUGGUGGCUUUGGUGGUGGCAGCUUUGGUGGAAUGGGAUUUGGUGAAGAUGGUGGCUUGCUCUCCACAAAUGAGAAGUUGACCAUGCAGAACCUUAACGAUCGCCUGGCUUCUUACUUGGAUAAAGUGCGACACUUGGAGGAAGAAAAUGCUCAACUGGAACAUAUGAUCAGGGAAUGGUACAAAAACCAAGGUCCCAGCGGUACCAGGGACUACAGCCAAUACUACAGAACCAUUGAAGAGCUGCAGAACCAGAUUGUGGGGGCAAACGUGGACCUGAACAAGACCCUUCUCGACAUCGACAACACCAGGAUGACCGUGGAUGACUUCAGGCUGAAGUACGAAACUGAAUACACUCUCCACCAGAGCGUGGCAAGUGACAUCAAUGGACUACGUCCACUUUUGGACCAGCUGACUCUGGCCAGAUCUGACUUGGAGACACAGUUUGAAUCCCUGAAAGAGGAACUGAUCUAUCUUAAGAAGAACCAUGAAGACGAAAUGAGAGGACUGCAAACACAAUCCAGUGGCGAUGUCAGCGUGGAGGUGAACGCUACCCCUGGUAUUAACUUGAUGGAAAAAUUAAAUGAAAUGCGUUGUGAAUACGAACGGCUUAUUGACAACAACCGGAGAGAGGUGGAAAGCUGGUAUGAAACCAAGAUGGAGGAAGUUAAUCAACAAGUCCACUCAAGUGGCCAGGAGAUACAAUCAAGCAACCAACAGAUCUCUGAGCUGAGACGGGAAUAUCAAAGCCUGGAAAUCGAGCUGCAGUCGCAAAUCAGCAUGAUCGACUCUUUGCAGUCCAACCUGGAGGACACAGAGCGUCGCUAUAACCUGCAGCUGCAGCAGAUCCAGGCCAUGAUCGGGCCCCUGGAGGAGGAGCUGGCCAGCAUCCGCUGUGAGAUGGAGAGCCAGAACCAGGAGUACAAGAUGCUGCUGGGCAUCAAGACCCGCCUGGAGCAGGAGAUCGCUCAGUACCGGGCACUGCUGGAGGAGGGACAGCACGACAUCGUAGUCCCAUCAGGAGGCAUGGGAGGAGGCAUGGGAGGUGGUAGAAUGGGAGGGGGUGGCUAUUCUUCUGGAGGAGGAAGAGGAGGAGGAGGUGGUGGAAUGAGUGGUGGAUAUGGUGGUGGCAUUUCCUCUGGCAGCAUGGGAGGAGGAAUGGGAGGAGGAAGUGGAGGAAUGGGAGGAGGAAGUGGCGGAGGAGUAAUAGGAGGGGGAAGCGGAGGUGGAUGCAUGGGAGGAGGAGGAGGAGGAGGAGGAAGGAUGUCAGGAGGUGUCAGCAGUUCCCACUCCUACUCUUCAUCUUCCCAGUCCCAGUCCUGCAGGAGCGGUGGUGAAAGCCAAGGGUACGGAAGAAAAUCUUUUGACUAA